AUGAAGAUUCAUCUCUUUUUCUUAAUUCUGCUUUUUUGGGUGACAAUUUCACCAGCCAGAAAGAGAUAUCCCCAAUAUGGUAGCGUGGAUAUGAGGAAAGAUUGCAGAAAGAGUAAUGGUCGGUGUAAAGUUGAGUGCCAUGAAUAUGAAAUUAGGAUUGGUCCCUGCAUAAGGCCUGGAUCUCAUUGCUGCUUCCAGAAUUAA